AUGGAGACGAAGAGGCAGCCUGCGUGUCAGCAGUCUGUCGAAAACGAAACAGCCGAGGAAGAGGGCCUGGAAAUUCGCGAAACACCCUUCGGUUUGGAACAGCGCUGGGUGUAUCGACACUUGGAUCGGCGCCACGAAGAAAUCGACGAGUCGGUUUUCCGCCCCGCCGCCUUCGAUCCUGCAUGUCGCCUUUUUCACGGACCGCACCAGUUUUACACGCCGCUCCCGACUCCCUUCUCUCUCUUAAAACCUCAUGGAGAUCUCCAAAGGAAAGAGCAAAACGCGCCAAGCCGCAACAGAGACACCGAUGCAGAGACAAGCAACGAAGAAGAAGACCAAGACGAAGAACACGAAGAAAAAGACGGACUGUGGAGGGAGAGAGGGGAAGCAGCGAGGCCUUCGCGUUUCGUGGCCCACUGCGGGGAGACAGCGAUGGUCAGUUUGUUGAUUGUGGGCGAUCAAAAUGCAGGGAAGAGUACUUUUUUGCAUGCGUUCUGCAGAGACCGUCUCGGAGCACGUUUCCUUCAGCUCACCUCGUUCCUCCCCUUCCUCCAAGCCUCCUUCUCGAAUACGCGUCUCGUUUUCCUGAGAGAACGGGACUUCCAAGAGAAGGCGGAAGAGGAAGGACAGCAGAAACGGCAGGAGACCUCAGACGAAGAGAGCGGAUGCGGAGAGGUUCUUUCUGAGGAGAGAACCGACCAGCCGAACACAUUCGAAAAGCUUGCCUCUUCAUCUUCCUCUUCUUCCUCUUCGUUCUCUUCCUCUUCCUCGCUCGAGCAUUCCUCUGCGUUGUUGUCGUUCUGUCGAGACGAACGGCCUUUCUUGGACAGCGACGUCGCGCGGGCUCUCGUGCUGUUCACCCUUGAGGAUUUCCUUUUCUUCUGCUCCGAAUUUUCAAUUGCCUUCUCCGUUCUGUCGCCGUCUUCUUCUCCUUCCUCUUCCUCUUCUUCUUUGCGCUUCUCAGCCCUGACUCGCUACGUAGCUCUGCAUCUGUUGGAACUCGGAGGAGACCAUUUGGAUCGUCUUCUUCACUUCUUUGAAAUCCUCAGACAGUCAAAGAAAGAAAAACGCUCUCACGCGGUCUCCGCCUCCUCUCUUGUCUCUCCAUCGGAGCGAGAAGGAGAGGAAAAAGGAGCGCGAACACUGAGGGGAACGCAGAGAGACGCCCCCAAACAAACACACAGGAGACAAAAAGUGGAAGAUACAGCCCUCGAGGCCGCGCGAACGCUGUUGAGAGCAGAAAAGAGACACUUCAGAAGACUCGCCAUACAGCAGGCAGUCGGCCCCUUCAGAGUCACCCACGCCCUCGAGCUUUCGGCUUCGAAACAGAGAGAAGACGAAGGAGAAAAGGCGAGAGAAAAGGAAGAACUAGUGGGAGAUCAAGAACAAGAAGAUCGAGAUGCGCAAGAGCUCCUGAGGGUGCUCAGUAGAUCAGUGGAGAUGAUUGGAGAUGCGGAGCAAGUUGUCUAUUUUGUCAAUUGUCAGAGUUUGUUCCCUUCGAGCGAUUCACAAGAACAAGGAAACGGAGCGAGGAACCCCGAAGAGGAUCUGCCGACGACAGACGCAUCGGAAGAAAAGGACGAAAGAGGCAACAAAAAACCUGGACAAGCGACGGGAAAUUGCGAUUCAAACUCUUCAUCCUCUCCACCCUGGAGGUCUGCGUCCCCACCACAAUUUCCUGCCUCUUGUGAUUUUUGUUCUUGUUCUCCAUCUUGUUAUUCUCCGUGCUCUCCUUCGUGUUAUUCUUGUUCUCUGUCUUCUUCGUUCGGGCUGCUGAGUGUUGAUGCUUUCGUGUCGCUGCUUCGGAAACUUCACGCUCUGGGGACUCUUCAAAGUUUCUCUCACGAGGAUUCUUCUCCCUCGUCGACUUCCGUUUCUGCUGCGCGUCAGCAAGGUUUCAUCUUUGCAUGCAAUCGCCUACCGGAACCCAGAGACCCAAACAAUCCCCGACCCCUUCGUGCGUCUCCUUCUCCCUCUUCUCCUUCUUCCUCUUCUCCUUCUUCCUCUUCUCCUUCUUCCUCUUCUCCUUCUUCCUCUUCUCCUUCUUCCUCUUCUGCGUCCUCUUCUUCGUCCUCUUCUUCGCGGGCUUCUCCUCUCUGGUUCCGCCAGAAUUUUCGGCGAGCCGUGCAGGCCGUGCACUGCGUCUCUCGCGCGCCGGAAAGCUCGGUGGAAGAAACCCUAGAAAAAGGAGAAGAAGAGGAAGAGAGGAAAGAAGAAAAGUUGUAUGCAGAGUUCGAGAGGAUCCUUGAGAGUGUGAGACGGCAGCGGGCCUUUCGCCCAGAAAACGAAGAGACAUCGGCAGAAAACGGAGACAGCUGUGAAGGGGAAGAAGUGAGGGAAGAACAGGUGUCGUGGACACCCUUUGAAGAAGAUGAGACAACAGGAGAGCGUUGGGUCUGUGCGAUGAGAGAAGAAGAGCGGCAACUGUAUCAGCACCCCGUCUUCCUCUUUCUCUCUGCGUUCUUCUGCUUCCUCUGGUCUCCUCGACGGUCCUCUCUCGUUAAUAUUACUCUGUCCUCCAACUCGCACAUGCAAAGAAGCGAACCGAAACUCUCUCUCGACUGCUUGUCGCGUUUCCAGCUCCGCGGCGUCUUCCCUCUUCGACUCCUCACAGAAGACCAGCGGCUCUCCCCGUCUUCUCCUUCUCCUUCUUCUGCUCCUUCUUCUUCUUCUCCCGCUCCUUCUUCUCCCGUGACUUCUCUUUCUGGAGUUCCUUCGUCUGUUCCGUCGGUUCUUCUCCCCUUUUCUGUGGCGAGUCUCGUGAGAUUUCUCGUUCGUCUUCUUCAGUGCUUCUGUCAGGACGCGCCUUCUUCGGCUGCCUCGCAUGCGGCCGAACCGCGUCUCCUAGAUCUCCCCUCAUGCGCGUCUGCGCUGUCUUCGCUGAAGUUAGGGAGUGGAGACGAAGUGGAAGUCUCUCCGUCGCGUCCGGAGGAACCCGAAGAAACGGAGGCAGGCAGGAAGCGCCAAGAAGAGAGAGAGGAAGCGGUGUGCCUUCAGCAAACGAGAGGGCGGUCGUUGACCGGGGAGCUCGGAAGACUCACUCUCCUCGCUUUUCUCCGCGUAGUUGAGAAACUUCGAAACGGAACUCGAUCUCCUCUCUCACCAACGCCUUCUCCUGCUUCUCUUUCUUCUUCGCACACUUUGGUGCGUUUGUGGAUCUCUGGAGCCGAUUUCGCUGAAGGCUUGGAAGACGAGCACGACCACAGCUCGUCGGCGGGCAGAAGCGAACGGAACGACGGAGAGAGCGAUGGAGAUUUCCUCCCUCCCUCUACGGUUUUGAAUGCUUUUCCUCUUCUUGCGCGAGGCCUCGUCGGAAUCUCCGCCGCCUCGCCGUUCUCACGGCUGGCGGACCCGUUCCCUCCAACGGCUCUGGAGCUGCAGUGGGAAGAACAGGAGACGGGAGAACGAGAAGGCAGAGAGGGGAGGAAGGGGGGCGGACGAGAACCUCCGGAUGUAGCUCGGCGUGAAGAGAGGGGGACAAGCAGACGGCGGUCGCUGCUCAUUCGGCCUGUUCGGUGCUCCGGGUCUCCCACUUCUCGUCCGCUCGCCUCUCCCUCCUCUUCUGAGGCUGUUUCGUGUCCUGUGUCGGGCUCGUCUUCCUCGCGUGCGUCUCUGUCUCAGCCCGACUGCGCAGUUCGGCUGCCGUUCCAUCCGGACCUUUUUCGUCUUGUUCUCUCUCGCCUCCGACGCGAGGCCAGCUGCGGACCUCUCCCCGGGCGCUUUUGGGAAAUACUGGACGCAGGGCAUGCGUGCGGAGGCAGGGAAGAAGAGAGGAAAGAGGAGACACGAAACGGAGGGAAAGAAGGAAGAGUCAGGGAGGAGAGAAGGCCGGAAGGAGGAGAGGAGUGCAGGAGAGGAGACAGCCAGAGGCAGACUGGGGAAAACCAAGGCGGUGGCAUCGAGAGACGUCUGGAGAUGGACACCGGACCCGAGCAGCGCGUUGAGGGAGGAGACACAGAGGAAGGGAGACAAGGGAGGGAAGAGGAAGAGAGAAAAACAGAACUUCCGAAAGCGUUGCUGUGGACUGGAGACGCCGAUUCGAUCAGGCGCGUUGUUGGAGCUGCCGCGCUGAAGCAACUUUGCCAGUUGGGUUCCUGCCUUUCCCUAUUUUUCGAAAAACGACGAAAGGGGAACUUCCAACGCAAAGAGAAGCCUCUUGACAGACACAGCGACGAACGCAACCGCGUCCUCAAAGAGGAAGACCGAUCCUGCGUUCAAAGACGAAGAGAGGAAGAAGGGGAAAAGGAGGAAGACGAGGAAGAAGACAUUUCUUCUAUCCUGCACAGCCUUUGCGACGACGCGCACGUUCUCUUGCAACUUGCAGGCGACCUCUCUCUCCUUGGAAGCUGCCACGCGGACCUCGAACACUGCGAACGAGGACCGGGAAGAGGAAGAGAAGAAGGGGAAAAGGGAGAAGAGAACGAAGGGAAGGAGACACGCGAACAGGGUGCGUUGUCGUGGAUCGUCGAGCGGUGGAGGCCGUGCGUCGAGGCCGACCCGGUGUGGACGAAAGUUGUCGUUUUUCUUCCUGCUCGGCAUGCAAGAAAAGCGAGAGAAAGAGAGGAGAGUGCGCUGAUGGGAGACAGAGGAAGAGGGGCUGCGUGGAUGCGGGGAUUCGAAGAGCUGUGGAAGGCACUCGAGACAAGAAAAGAGAGCGGCCAGACACCUGAAGACGCCAAAGCGCCUCUGUCUCGAAGCGAUGACUGUGUGAGCAGAGCGUUGGAUGUUUCCUGUGAAUCGCCGCGAGAAGGACAAGGUGCACAAGACGCAGCAAAGAGAAAUGGAGUGGAAGAAGAGCGGAAGGACGAGGGAGAGAGAAGGACGAGCGGAGGGAAAGGGGAGACUAGUCGAGCGAGCGGUCGGGCGGCAGAGCAUCCCGAGCGUCUUCUUGUGUUGCUGCGCGACCUGAGAGAGAAAGAGAGCCUACAGAUCUCUUCCCGCGUUUCCUGA